AUGGAGAGCACGAAAGCUCCCCCUCUCCAGUUCACUGGAGACUUGCUUCCACACCUCGUUGACAAGCGCGCCGCAUUGACACCUGAUACUAUCUAUUCAGAGUAUCCAGUCUCGACGUUGACUUAUGAUGAGGGCUACCGCAAAAUCACAUACAAAGACUUCGCGAAUGCUAUCAACGCCGCAGCCGUAUGGCUGGUCGAUACCCUCGGUCCUGGCAAGGACUUCGAAACUCUCGCAUACAUAGGACCCAAUGAUAUAAGAUAUCCUGCCCUCAUCCUCGGGGCUGUCAGGGCUGGGUAUAAGUUGUUUCUCACAUCACCCCGCAACAGCUUAGCCGCUCAAUUCGCUCUCUUCGGCACACUGAAGUGCAAAACCCUGCUCUCACCGGACCCGCGACCGCCAGCUGUUACUGCUAUUAGUGACCAUCAGGACUUUCACAUCGUUGAAGUUCCUAGCGUCUCGCACCUCCUCAAUAUCCAGCACCAACACUUCGCAUUUGACAAGGCUUGGCCAGAAGCUCAAUCGGAGCCUUUGUUUGUUGUACACACAUCUGGCUCCACUGGCAUGCCUAAACCUCUAGUCUUCACUCAUGCCUCGGCAGCUGCUAAUACUAAGAUGAUGUCACUGGAUCCGCCAGUUGACUACGAAAGCCAAGACCGGGUGUAUCAGGGCAAGAGAGUCUUCAUUGCUUUCCCACCUUUCCACGGAGCAUACCUUGCCAGUCAUCUCUUCAACUCCGUCACCUUUGGGACAGUGAUGAUAGCUCCUACAUCGGGCGCUAUUCUUUCAGGUGAAGGGCUUGUCGAAAGUUUGAAAAAAACACCUGCAGACGUCGCCUUUCUCGUUCCCUCGAUCGUCCAAGACCUAGCUCAGAAUCCCGAACUUCUCGACUACUGCUCAAGACAUCUAAGAGCAAUCAUCUACUGCGGAGGCGACCUUCCACAGAUCAUUGGCGAUGUCGUAGCUUCAAGAAUCUGGCUAUUGAACCAAUUUGGGGCGUCGGAGCUGGGUUUGACGCCUGCUAUCAUAUCCUUGACUGAUAGAGGGUCGGAGGACUGGAAGUAUACUCAGUUCCAUCCACAACUCGGUCUGGAGUUCCGUCCAGUUUCAGAUGAGAUCUAUGAGCUAUAUGCGGUCCGUAACCCGGAAAAGAUAGACAAGCAGCCAACUUUUACUAUCUUCCCUAACGCGCAAGAGUACACCAGCCGCGAUCUUUUCGUUCGUCAUCCAUCAAGAUCAGAGCUUUGGAAGUGGCAGUCAAGGGCUGACGAUAUUAUCGUCUUUCUGAAUGGCGAAAAAACGAACCCGAUCUCGAUGGAGCAGCAUAUCGUAUCACGUAAUUCGGACAUCUCCGCAGCGUUAGUUGUCGGUGCACGACGUUUACAGGCGUCUUUGCUAAUUGAACCAAUCGCUACUACCAAAUCACUGGAACCAGCUGAGCGCGCUGCUUUCAUCGAGAAAAUCUGGCCUACCGUUGAGGAGUCCAACAAGGAUGCUCCAUCUCAUGCUCGCCUUAUGAAGUCCCAUGUCUUGUUUACGCAGCCGCAAAAACCAAUGUUGCGCGCCAAGAAGGGCACAGUCCAAAGAUCUGGAACGCUUGUAUUGUAUGCGAGCGAGAUUGACGCCCUUUACAGAGAUGCAGACAUGAUGUCUACCAACUCGGAAGGCGAAAUUGAAGACCCAAGAGGGACCCUGAAUGAAGUGACCGUAUCGAAGUGCGUCAGACAGAGUGUCCUAUCGACCGUGGAGUGGCCCAGCCUUGAUGAAGCAGCAAAUUUCUUCGCACUUGGUAUGGACUCAUUACAGGCCCUGGUUUUGGUUCGUAAGUUGAGGCAAAGCCUGGCCAUGCGCAUUAUUGCACUCAGUACUGUAUAUACCAAUCCUUCAGUCCUGACCCUCACGGCUGCAAUCUUGCACCUCUUGGAUCAACACCAGACCUCAGAGGCCUCCCAAGAACAGGCGCGAACAAAGAAGCGCAAUGAUAUGAUUCAGGAAUACAAGACACUGAUCGACAAACGAUUGCUGCCUAAAUUCGAUGUCAAAUCCAACGUCCCUCCGAAUCAAGAACAGGAGACUGUAAUUCUCACAGGCUCCACAGGGACCUUGGGUUCGUACAUUCUGGAUGCACUACUACAAAUUCCGACCGUUGCGCACAUAUACUGCUUGAAUAGAGCGGAGGAUGGCUUGUCAGUACAGAUGAAAAAGAACCGGCUUCUUGGGCUGCAGCAUCCUCCGAGUAAUGAACGAAUUUCUUUCUUGACGGUAGAUCUAAGCCAAAAGAAUUUCAACCUGACAAAAGCACAAUACGACGAAAUAGAAUCGACAGCCACGCUCGUGAUCCAUAAUGCGUGGACGGUGAACUUCAACCUUUCUCUUUCCUUUUUCAACCUUCAGCUUGACAAUCUCGUUAGUCUCCUUGCUUUUGCCAACACCUCUGCAAGAUCGGCACGAUUUUUCUACAUAUCAUCAAUCAGUUCAGUGAUAUCAUAUCGCUCAACGUCUGGAAAAGCUCUGGAGAAGCCUAUCACAGCAGACACUGCACCCGGUCCGAAUGGGUACUCAGAGAGCAAGUAUGUCGCUGAGCAGAUUAUCGACUACGCAGCGCAAACGGUAUCCUCUGGCCCCUCGAUCGCUUUCAGCCGUGUGGGGCAGAUAGCUGGAGCUGCAAACCACUCUGGCAUGUGGAACAAGGAUGAAUGGUUUCCAAGCAUGAUUACCAGCUCCGUCCAAAUAGGUGGCCUCCCGGACUCACUUGGCUCAACCUUCGAUCGGAUCGACUGGAUACCAAUCGAUUUACUCGCGGGUAUUCUCGUAGAAUUGGCACUAGUAAGAGGCCAGUCAGCGGCAAGUUGCACUGCGCCUGCACACCAUACGGACGUCUAUCAUCCUCUAAAUCCACACACGACUACUUGGACAGAGCUCCGAACCACCAUCCUUCACGAGCUCGGCUCUCAGACGAAGAAACCGAUGGAAAUCGUACCGUUGCGUACGUGGAUCGCUGAAGUGCGCAAGGCAGCGGAGUCCACAGUCGACCGCAGCGAGCACGCUGACGACGUGAGCCUCGAGGCCGCGCUACGGAGUAACCCUGCAACCAAACUCCUGGACUUCUUCGAACACCUCGUCGCGUCGGAGAGAGUCCCGACCAAUCGGUUGGACUUCUCAGAGACUUUGAAGCUGAGCAAAGCGAUGCGAGGACUGGAGCCGAUCAAGGAUGAAUGGGUGCGGAAAUGGAUUCGUGAGUGGUUUGCGCCUGCGACGGACGGUGGCAGGGCAUAA